AUGGCAAAACAUUAUGAUCUGCUUUUUAAACUUCUGCUGAUUGGGGACUCAGGGGUUGGAAAGACAUGUAUUCUUUUCCGUUUUUCUGACGAUGCCUUCAAUUCAUCAUUCAUUUCAACUAUAGGGAUUGACUUUAAGAUCAAAACUAUUGAGCUGCAGGGAAUGAAGAUCAAGCUUCAAAUCUGGGAUACGGCAGGUCAGGAACGGUUUCGUACCAUGACCACGUCCUACUACAGAGGUGCCAUGGGCAUACUGCUUGUGUAUGAUAUCACAAACGCCAAAGGCUUCGACAGCAUCACCAAGUGGCUUAGAAACAUUGAUGAACAUGCAAACCAAGAUGUUCAGAAAAUGCUCCUUGGCAACAAAUGCGAUAUGGAUGACAGGCGAGAGGUGCCAAAAGCCAGGGGAGAACAGAUUGCAGAAGAACAUGGUAUUCGAUUCUUUGAGACCAGCGCAAAGGCAAAUAUCAACAUUGAUGUGGCGUUCCGCACAAUUGCAGAAGACAUACUACAAAACAUGAAACCAUGA